AUGGCAAAGCUGCUCCUGCUCAACAUUGGCUACGACCUGCUCGCUCGGUGCACCUCCAUCGUCUCCCAAACAACCGACGGCCACCCGUUCCAUCUGCGUACCUUGGACUGGGGCGAGGAGGGCUGCAUUCUGCGCGAGCUCACGUUCGACGCCAUUUUCACGCGGGGAGGCGUCGACCUCUUCCGCGCGACCACCCAGGCAGGCACAGAGUCCCUCACGCCACUCGCACCUUGGCCCUUCAUCACCACCCACCACCUAAUCCUCCUCACCCUUUUGUAUGCAGGCUUUGUCGGGAUAUUCACUGGAAUGCGCUACGUCGACGAUCAAGAUGGCGGCUAUAGCGUUUCGCUCAACUAUCGGCAGGUGACGAAUUCGUCGGGCGCGGUGGCGUGGAACGCGUGGGGCCUGCUGACCCAGGCGUGGCCUCUCGGACCCAUGCUGCGACACACCCUAGAGCACUACCCCUCCUAUCGGGAGGCCCUCGACUUCUUCACCACGGCGCGAAUCGUGGCGCCGUGCUACCUCAUCAUCGCAGGCCUCAACCGGGACGAAGGGGCCUUGGUCACACGGGACCGGGAUGGCGAAGUACAGCGAAAGGAACUCGGCUCCAGUUGUGGUACGCUGGUGCAGACGAACCUCGACCAUUGGCUCGACGCUGUGGACCCUGCGUGGGCUGGCGAGGACCGCCUUCUCCUGAGCUCCGUCGAGCGGCGAAACGCGGCCAUGGAACUGAUGGACGAGCUACUGGCCUCCUGGGGCUCGGCGCCGUCGCACAGUGACGAUGAAGAAGAAGAAGAAGGCAAGGGAGCGAUAGGGUCCGUCGUCAUUGAUGGCCACGGCGUCGAGGUGGCGGCGGAUCCGGAUCGCGACUCGGGUGCGCGAAGCGAAGCGGCUGACGACGAGGCGAGGCCUACGAGGGUGGUCGACGGAGAGGAGCUGGCGCGAUGGAUGCAAGUGCUGACCACGCCGCCGGUGCUCAACCCGGCCACGCUCUACACGACCAUCAUGUCGGCCUCGCUCUCCCGGCGCUUGAACCCCGCCUCGACCGGCCCAUCACCCAUCCCCGACGAUGAUGAUGAUGAUGAAGACGAAAAGGACGACAGGCAGAAGAAGGAAGGAGACACCACCAGCAGGGGUGUCUACCUGAGUGUGGGUGUGAGCGUCCCCCACUGCUCGUGA